AUGUCUAACCCACCUACAUCCAGUACUGGCUCCAGUGCCCUGUUUAGUAGCACCAAUACUAGUGGAAAUAGCCCCUUUAGUGCCCCGAGUACAAACACCAGUGUAAACUCGGGGUCUGGCUUUUCUUUCGCAAGUGCAGCCUCUGGUGCAACUAGUGGGCCACCAAGCGGAGGGCCUAUGUUCGGUGGUGCGGCUCCCGGCGCAAGUACUCCGAGGCCUACGUUCGGCGGAUCCAACCCGAAUCCGUCUGGGAGCUUGCUCUUUGGUGCCUCGUCCGCUACCCCUACAUCUACACCUGCCCCAGGUGCCAUGUUUGGUAAUAAGCCUCCUGGCGGCCCUUCGUUUGGAGGCGCCCAAACUCCUGCUGGAAAUCCGUUUGGUGGUGGUGCCUCAACUACCCCUGCUGGACCUCCUCCCGGAUCGGUCCCAAAAAAUUUGUUUGCAGGAGGUACCGUUGGCAGUGGCGGGGUUUUCGGUGGUGGUGCUGGUGGGCAAAAUAUGGGUCAGCCAUCUGGUAGCGGUGGUGGGCUCUUUGGGGGGCAGUCACAACAGGCUGGUCAGACGCCAAAGCCAAUGUUUGGAACUGGUGCGGCGGCUACAUCUGCUCCGUCAUCUGGCGGUCUUUUCGGGUCUGCACCUGCGACAGCAGCUUCCAGUGGUGGCAUAUUUGAUGGUGCACGGGCUCAACAAGCCGCCGGCUCCUCAACACCGGCUACCAGCGGACCCGCAGAGCAGAAGCCAGGCGGUCUUUUUGGCGGCGCUGCCGGCUCAUCUACGACGCCAGCAUCAAAACCUCCUGCUUCGGGUUUUUUUAGCGGCGCUCCUUCAAGUUGUAAGUGUUACACUUUGCUUUUCCACGCUGUGCCGGGACAGUGGGGUGCAGUCCCCCGUUCGGUUAGCCGGUGCUAAUAGCAAUUGCUUCCGACUAGCAACAACCCCAGCAGCUCCGGCGGCUUCAACCCCUCAGGCUUCAUUGUUUGGUGCACAGGCGUCUACGCCCGCCGCUCCCCCAGCAUUUGGUGCCGCUCCAGCCAAAGAUGGUGCGUCCCAAGCAUCAACGCCAGGUCUAUUCGGAAAUGCCCCGACUUCUGGGAUAGCUCCCAGUGCGUCGUCAGCCUCAGCCAACCCCCCGCCCCCUUCUGGCACAGGCCCCCUCCCACUGUUUGGAGGCACCCCGGCACCGACCGGGACCGGCACUCCACCCCUGUUCGGUAACACUCCUAAGCCUCCUGGCACUCCUGCUUCAUCUGCCUCCCCGGCUCCUGGGGCUCUAUUCGGAAAGCCCCCGACCAGCUCUGGACCUGCUACAAGCACCCCAACCACCUCAGUACCAGCCGCCCCAAAUCCUGCACCCGGUGGGCUCUUUGGCAGUGCUACCCCUGCUACCCCUGCCGCUCCAGCCCCUACACAAAGCACCACUGCAGGAGCGGUAUCUGGGCCCUCUAGUCAGUCUAACAUGCUAGGGGCCUCUAUCCCAGGCGCAACCAUGCUGCCUCCUCCUCAGUCCAGGUUGAAGAACAAGUCUAUGGAGGAAAUUAUCAACCGUUGGACCAGCGACCUCGAGAAGUACAAAGCCGAAUUCGUUCAACAAGCAGGCGAUAUCAAGAAAUGGGAUAACAUCCUUAUUGAGAAUGGGGAAAAGAUAACAAACCUAUUUUCCGAGACUUUGGAGGCAGAGAAGACACAAGGAAGGAUGGAUACUGUUUUACAACAACUCGAGAGUGAUCAGGAGGAAUUGGGAACUGCACUAGACUACUAUGAGGCUCAAAUUAAGGAUCUUUUCGAAGCUCAGAUGGGGGGUGUCGAAGGGAUGCAGCCCGCUGAUCAGGAGAGAGAGAAGGCCUAUCACUUGGCUGAGAAAUUGAAUGAUCAGCUGGCGGGCAUGGGUAGUGAACUUGGUGGAAUGAUUAAAGAGAUCAAUAAAGCAAGCACCACUAUCAACAAAACUACCAACGCCGAUGAUCCGGUAGGCAUACGCCUUGCCCUAUAAAAUGAUUCAGAGCACUAAUUAUGGCAUAGCUUUCUCAAAUUGUCAAAAUUCUUAACGACCAUCUCUCGAGUCUGCAAUGGAUUGAUUCUCAUACCAACUCUAUGGUUAGUAAAUUCACAGUGUUUUCCACUGAUCUUAACGCUAAUGAACCUCUCUCAAGGCCGAGAAAAUCCAUGAAGCUCAGAAGAAGGCGAGGGAUAGUGCAAAUGGUGCUUUGGGGGGCGAUGAGGAUUACUUUCCCUCAUCCUCUUAUAGAAGCAUGAGGUAAAUGUCUACUGCGGUGUUACAAAAAUUAAGGGGCAUUACUAUGAUAACUGGGGCCCUUCAAGUCUUUUUCCUUUUGUCCUUGUUUUCCUCUACUUUCAAACUGGGUUCUGUAGAGAGCAUACCGUGGUUGGGAUUUUAUUUUAUUUUUACUAUUUCUAUUGCUUUUUUCCACUGGAUUGUGCCCAAAAUGUAUUCUACCCUAGCUAUGGUGCGGCUUCUUUUUAUGCAAGGAAAUGCUCGAGUAUUCGUGAAAUUAGUUUGUGUG